AUGGAGGGAAAAGAGCCGAAGCGGAAGGUGCUGGGGCGGGUCACACGCUACGUGCGGCGCUCCUCGCUGCUGCAGCGCGGCCCGCCAGAGCACCCCGACACACCUCCGGAGGACACGGGUCCCGGCUUCGACACGCUGCCGGCCGAGUUGGUGGUGGCGAUAUUGGGGUGGGUGGCAGGGCCUCGCGAGCUUGCGGCAGCCGGCUGCACGUGCCGCGCGUGGUACGCGGCUUCCCUCGAGUCCGCCCUCUGGCGACGCCUCUUCUUCGAGGCGAAGAAGGCGAGGAAGCUGGAGAACGCGCUGGUGACGAAUGACGACAUCGUUCCGCUGCUGAUGAGCAACAACAGCAACACAGGCCCGGCUCACAGCAACGGCGGCGGGGCCACCUCUUCGCCCAGACACAGCUCAGACGACGGCGAGGAAGAACGAAGCGAGGGGAGCGAAGAGCACGCGAAGGGCAUGGGAGCCGCCGUGGCGGAGGUGGACUGGCGGGCGCGGUACCGGGCCACCUUCGACGUGCCCAAGGGCGAACGCAAAAAAGACACCAUCGUGGUGCGGCUCGACACCACCGUCUUCACCGCCACCGGCGCGCUCGACCCGCCCAUCUCCGGCGAAGUGGUGUUGAACGUGGCGUCGAAUCGGAUCGUGACGCACGGGAUCUACGUGGUGGUGUCCGGCAAGGAGUUCCACUCUUCCGGGGCGGGACGCUACCAGCGAACGGUGCGGAGCAGCAUCAUGAAUGUGGCGCUGUGCGUGAGCGACGGGGUGCAAUUCUCACACCGCCACGAGCGUAAGGUGGUGUACGAGCACGGCACCCACCGACUCCCGUUCCGCGUCACCGCCCGCGCCGCCCUCACCCCGCCCACCUUCUGUCGGACGGCCCAGCAGCUUUUCUACUCGGCGUCGUACAAGCUGCGCGGGGUGAUCGCCUACCCGCGGCUCCACGCCGACUACUGGACGCCCAAGCACGCACACCGCCUCACCGUCCUGCCCAGCCCACGCUACGAACUGGCCCUCCUCGCCAAGCAGCGCCACGUGCCGGGGCGAUCGGUGACCACCUUCCUCAACGGGCUGGUGAAGAUCACCAUCUCGCUCCAACGGACCGGCUUCUACCUGGGCGAGCCGAUACAAAUGCAAGUGGAGGUGGACAACAACUCGCCGAUGGACUUUCACUUCCUGGUGGUGAGUGCGGUGGAGCAGAUGCGUUCGCCCGUGCUGCGCGAUUCGUUCACCACCGUCACCCUGCCCCGACACGACCGCAAGCAGCGCAUGCGCGAGCGGAUGGCACUGCGCGCCUCCGACGAAGACGCCGACGCCGCUGGCGACAAGCCCCCGCGCGAGGGGUCGUUCGACCGCGAAAACGAAAACGAAAACGAAGACAAUGAAAAUGAGAACGAAAACGAAAGCGACGACCAAGAGCAGCAACACCGCAGCGACAAGCUGAAGGGCCGACGGAGGGGGUCGUCGGCCACGGGCGGUCUGAGGCCGGAGAAGUGGUUCGCGGCGGAGAUGCUCAAGGGCCAGCGGUCGACGCACAACCUGGAGUUCACAAUAGAGGAGGACGACACGAACGGGCCGCCGUGGAACAUGCCCCACUCGGCCUACGUUGAGCAGCGCUAUGUGCUCCACGCCAAGAUCCGGCGGAAGGAGGGCCGCAGCCUGAUCCUGGGCGCACUCGAGCCCUCGGCCGACUCUUCGCCCGUGGUGUUCGUGGCCCCCUCGGCCUCGGCCGUGCUCGCCACAUGA